UCUUCUGGCUGUGUAUAGCAUUGGCUCCGCCCCUGUGUUCCAGUCCGCUGUUUUUUGUCGUCGACUCAGCCUCUAAGUCUGUCCGCCAGCCUCACCAUGGGCCUGGAGCUGUAUCUGGACCUCCUGUCCCAGCCCUGCCGCGCCGUCUACAUCUUUGCCAAGAAGAACGGCAUCCCCUUCCAGCUGCGCACGGUGGAGCUGCUUAAAGGCCAGCACUACACUGAUUCCUUUGCUCAGGUCAACUCCCUGAGGAAGGUACCAGCCUUGAAGGAUGGAGACUUCACUUUGGCUGAGAGUGUGGCCAUUUUGCUGUAUCUAAGUCGCAAGUACAAGACCCCUGAUCACUGGUACCCUCAGGACCUGCGGGCCCGAGCCCGGGUGGAUGAGUACCUGUCCUGGCAACACACGGCCUUGCGGAGUUGCUGCACACGGGCCUUGUGGCAGAAGAUGAUGUUCCCUGUUGUGCUGGGUCAGCCAGUGCCUCAGGAGACAUUGUCAUCCACUUUGGCUGACCUGGACAGUUGCCUGCAGCUGCUUGAGGACAGGUUCCUUCGAGACCAGGACUUCAUCACUGGUUCCCAAAUCUCUGUGGCUGACUUGAUGGCCAUCGAAGAACUGAUGCAUCCUGUCGGCGCUGGCUGCCAAGUUUUUGAAAACCGACCCAAGCUGGCCAAAUGGCGCCAGCGUGUGGAAGCUGUGGUUGGGGAGGACCUGUUCCGGGAAGCCCACGCAGUUAUCCUGAAGGUCAAGGACACACCUCCACUGGACCCGGCCGUGAAGGAGAACUUGCUGCACUCAGUGCGGAGUUUGUUACAGUGAGCAAGUGGCCUGGACCUGUGGAGCCACUGGUGUAAAAGCUGGGCUGUUGGAAUAAAGCAGUGGGGCUGCCUGA